AUGCCCGAGUCUAGCCAUAUGCUCACAGAUGACUACGCGACCGACCAGAUUACCAGACACACUCAAUCUCCAGUGAAAUCCCGUAUCGUCUCGGUGCGGCUCCUCUCGAUGGCCAUGACGGGCUUCUUCUACCAGUUCACGCGCCCGCGAACGUCGCCGCCCAUGAGCAUGCUCAAGUACGACCCGAUAGGUACGGCGCCCGCCCGCCCACUCGACCCCUUAUCAUUCAAUCUGCCGCCCUGA